CAGUUACACAGUCCUCCACAUAUCUGAACACCUGGGUAGCUUAACGUGCCAUAGAUGGUUUAAUAGAUAAAGACACAUUCUGCUCCAUUACAUCAUAUGAUAUGAACUCAUGGUGGAGUUUGGAUCUUCUGGAUGAAUAUGAGAUUGGCACAGUGAUCCUCACUAACAGAGGAGACGGUUGGGCUGAACAAACUAAUGGAGCAGAGAUUCGUAUUGGAAACUCACUGGAAAACAAUGGAAACAACAAUCCCAUAUGUGUUGUUAUUCCUUAUCUUAAAAUCGGCACAUCGAUUAUUUUCUCAUGUAAUGGGAUGGUUGGACGUUAUGUGAAUGUGGUCAUGCCUACAGUUCAGCAUCUCUCUCUGUGUGAGGUGGAGGUCUAUGGAACAGAGAAAUGGCAUUGAAAGGAACGGCUACACUCUCAUCUACCUACUACACCAAUGUAGCUGCAAA